AUGGCCGCGCCGCCAAGCCGCCGCGCCUCGCCGCCGGUCCUCCCGGACGAGCUCGUCGAAGAAAUCCUCCUCCGCCUGCCUCCCGAAGACCCGGCAUGCCUCGUCCGCGCCUCCCUCGUCUGCAAGACCUGGGGCUGCGCCGUCUCCCGCCCCAUUUUCCGCCGCCUCCUCCACGAGCACCACGGCACAGCCCCCGUGCUCGGCUUCCUCCACAACUGGCCUAGCGAGCGCAUCCCCAACUUCAUGCCCACCACCGCGUCGCCCUUCUCCCUCGCCGCUCCGGACCGCCGGGUCUGGCAGGCCGUCGACUGCCGACACGGCCGCGCCCUCUACCUCUCCGAGUACGAGGACCAGGGUACCCAGGAACUCCUUGUGUGGGAGCCAACCACGGGCCGCCAGCGGCGUGUGUUCUUGCCCGCGGCGUUCAACUGCAGGUACCCGAACGCGGCCGUGUUCUGCGCAGCCGACGCGUGCGACCACCGAGACUGCCAUGGGGGUCCCUUCUGUGUGGUUCUCGUCUUCAGGAAAUCCUCCGGGUCUGAUGAGUAUGACAGUGACGACGAGGAGCACCUCACGUCAGCGUGCGUAUACUCGUCCGAGACGGACACCUGGGGCGAGCCAACCUCGACGCACGUCCAGUUCGCCAUGGACUUCGGGUAUUACUCUAGCGUGCUCGUCGGGAGAUCUCUGCUCUAUUUCAUGUCUGACUUUUGGUUGAUCGUGGAGUAUGACUGGGCCAGACAUAGCGUAAGAGUGUUCGAGGUACCAGACGAGGCCGGCGACGGGGAGAGGUGCACCCUCAUGCUGGCGGAUGACGGAGGACUUGGUGUUACUGAACUAACUGAAGACUUGAAUCCACAUCUCAAAUUGUGGUCAAGGGUUGCAAGUGACGUUACUGAUGCACGAUGGGUACUGAGCCGGGUCAUCAAUCUGGAAAAGUUGCUACCAAUUGGUGCUCUCGUGAGGAAUGUUGGGUUGCUCGUGGUGGGCUUUGCCGAGGGAGCAAAUGUCAUCUUCGUCAACACGGUUGCUGGCCUCUUCGCGAUUGAGCUACAGUCGGGGCGGGUGAAUAUGGUGUGUCAUGAUCAGGGCCCCUGUCGUUUGAUUCCAGUUGUCACCUUCUACACUCCUGUGCCCCGAAAUAGGCAUCAGGAUCUGCGGUUGUCGAAUGCUGCCAAGGUUUUAGGUGGUCAGGAGGAAAGAGGGGAGCAGGACACAACAGUAGAUCGGGCGCAACAGUUGUUCGACGAUGGGUCCAAUGCAAUCAAGGAGGGGACUACAUCAAGGCCGUCAAAUGUGUCAGCCAUGUCCUGAUAACAGGUCAGGUCCCAUAAGCCGCUAGCCCCGCUGAAGCUUGCCAAUGUAUAGACUGUGUGGAAUGCAACUCCGAAUUGGGAUUCCGCCAUAUGGAGACGCUUCUCCGGAGUUUACAGACAUGGAUGUGGCUUUGCCAUACGAAACUCAAGCGAUGCCUGACCCUAUGGGUGAUGUUUCCAAAGAUUGCAUGAAUGAAGAGCUGGUGAAGAGUUCAGCUACAAAUAGCAAAGAUGACACUGCGAACCAAGAGGUGUCUGGUAGCAAUGUUGAUGAUGCCUCACCUUCAGACAAAGGUUAUUCUGAAUAAUGUGGUGUAUAACAUUGUCCCUUUCCCCAGACCAGGCGGUGACAUGCA